AUUUGGAGAUGAGUGAUUCUACAACACCUGCUGGCGAACAACGUCACUGCGACGAGUUGAUCGAUGGCGAAGUGGUUUCUUGGACUACAGUUGUUCCACGAGCACGCCUGUGUACAGUUACCGUACGCCGACCGUGUGGAGCGCGUGUCCGAAAUUGUCAAAAGGAACAGAAAAACGUACGAGAAACACAGUGGAGACAUUGAGGAUGCCAUCAGAGAGUUGGAGGAAAGUGGGCUCAACGUAAACGAAUGGUGCCACCUGGCUCCCGAGAGUGAGCUGCAAAGACUCGAAUGCAUUGAGGAAAUCAACGCGAGAGACGACCCGACUGAGAACGCGGAGGAAAAUGUCCCCGACUAUAUAUAUGUGAGGUCGGCGACAAGAGAAAUGGCUAUUGUGGCUGAACCUGCUGCCAUCGAUCCCACGGUGUUACGCGGUAUGUAUCGAAACCUGAACCGAAAACAAGCGUCCGUGUUCUACAAGGUCCGAGAUUGGUGCGUAAAACGAGCUUGUAGCUCGAAGCCGAUCGAGCAGUUUUUCUACUAUGUGAACGGUGGCGCCGGGACCGGCAAAUCACAUCUGAUCAAAUGUAUCCACGCGGAGGCCACGAAAAUACUGCUCAGACUACCGCGACUGGCUGAGGAAGCGGACAUUUGCAAACAGACUGUUGUUCUCGCAGCCUUCACCGGUACGGCGGCAUUUAACAUUUCAGGGACCACUUUGCAUUCUCUCCUCAAACUGCCGAGAAGUCUCAAACCCCCGUAUCAAGGCCUGGGCAACAAACUGGACGAAGUCAGAGCGGAGCUUUCGAUCGCUGAAAUACUCAUUAUCGACGAGAUUUCCAUGGUGUCGAAAGACCUUUUUGCCUACGUGAAUACCAGAUUGAAACAAAUCAAAGGAACCGAUUUACCUUUUGGCGGUAUGUCUGUACUUGCUGUCGGAGAUUUCUUUCAGCUCCCUCCUGUGAAACAAUCCAAACCUUUGUGCGUGUACGAUCCUACUCGGCUGGACCACUGGCGUGACAACUUCAAAAAGAUCACGCUCACGGACAUCAUGAGGCAGAAAGACGAUGCCGCCUUUGCCGAACUGCUGAACAGACUCCGCGUCAAAGACAAGUCUCACGAACUGUCGGAACCGGACGCAUCUCUGCUUGCUACGAGGUAG